AUGGAUGAAGAAGUUAUGAUAGAACUCCAGUCUUGUAUACUCGGUUUAAAUAUAACAAAUUUAAAAGAUUUUGGUAUAAAAAGGAAGUGGCUCACAGUUGAGACAACAGAAGGCAAAGGGAAAUUCGAACUGAUUAAGACUAUUUGCACUGCUUUUGAAGACGAAGCCAGCGAGUGUAAAGAAAACGGUUUUUUAGACCUAGUGGAAAAAAUUAAAUCGCUUUUGUAUGAGCAAACUUUAGACAAAAGUAACGAAGACACAGAGAAAGCCGAGAAGAAUAAACAAGAACUAGUAGAACUCGAGACACAAUACGAACAAUUGUCAAAGGCACAAGAGGAAUUAAAACAGAAGAUGCAACUAUUAGAACUUGCCCUAACUUGUCGAAUAAACCAACCGAAAAGCCCGAAGCCAAAGCAAGUACCAGUGGUGAAACUGAACUGUCUGGUCUUAAUGCAAGUAUUUUUCGAAGGGAGUUUAAGAUACAAGGUCAGAUUGGUGAACCCGGACAGAAAGACAAAUUGACCUAUCAGUCGUUAAUCUCGCAGAUUGAAACCGGGUUAAAGAAAGGCUAUACAGAGCCCGAAGUAGUUACUGCAGUUAUUCGCUCCAUUCAAGCUGGAUCACAACUACGCAGCUACUUGGAGGGACUGAGUGGAUUAACACUGCCAAAACUACGUAAAAUGCUCCGUUUCCAUUUUCCAUUUUCAGGAGAAGAGUGCCACUGAGUUAUACCAGCUCUUAGCGAAUAUUAGCCAAUCACCAAAGGAAGACCCGCAGUCGUUCCUUAUUCGCGCUUUGACCACUCGACAAAAGAUUGUCUUUGCAUCACAGGAAUCGGACAGUAAAAUUAAGUAUGAUGAAGAAUUGGUUCAAGGACUAUUCCUUCAUGCUGUCGAAACUGGCCUAGCGGAUGAGACUAUUCGUGCAAAGAUCAGACCCCUGUUAAAGAAUCCUUCUGUGGCUGACGAAGAUUUAAUCGAAGCGAUGAGCCUAGCUAUGUCAGCAGAAUCGGAGCGAGCUAACAAAUUUACACAAGGUAAACCGGUUAGACCGUCGACAAAGAUAUCAAAAGUGGAAGCUGGGGCCAGCGGUGAACCGAAGGAAAACAAUCCAAGUAACCAGCGGGAAAAUCAGAUCCUGGCUACACUCAAGGCCAUACAGUCAGAACUGAACACUGUUCAAUCGGAAGUGGCAAGCCUCCAGAAGAAAGUUGAUGACAAAGACUACCCCAGUAACCAUCCUGCUGAAGGUGCAGCCAGAAGCGUGUCAGAAGAGACAUUGGAAUGA